CUCCCCGUUCUUUGAUCCGAAUGUUGGUUUUGACUAGAAUGGAUACAGCUAUUUCCAUUUGGCAUUCGCACUCUAAUGCCGCAUAAUUUGUGUCACGAUGAAAACAGUUGAUUAAUAUUUUUAUUAUUAUUCUAAGGUAAGGUUUAGGGUAGGUGUAGGCGUUAGCUAAUGUUAUUUAUUGUAAUUAUAUGGCGAGAUUUUGCACCCCUUCAGGCAAUAGCUGUAUCCCUUCUAGCACCACCCCGGAGGUUGGCCGUCUCUUUUUGAUGACGUAACGCAGCGCGACCACCCAUGCAUUCCCGAGCCUUACAAAGACGCACGUUGAUCGUUGAGCGUACUACAGUGUUAAAGACAUUUUCUUAUAUCUCUUUGUUUUUCACUAUUUAAACAAAGGAGUUUUUUGUCCUCCGUGAAGCACACGCCGAGAGGACGGUUCACAUUUCUACAGAGAUCGGAAGCACCACUUGCAGGAAUGGCUGAAUCAGACGUGAAUCCUAAAGCUUAUCCUCUGGCUGAUGCCACACUAUCCAAAACCAUAUUGGACCUUGUGCAACAGGCAGCCAAUUACAAACAAUUGAGAAAAGGGGCCAAUGAAGCCACCAAAACUCUGAACCGUGGAAUCUCAGAGUUUAUUGUGAUGGCUGCAGAUGCUGAACCUCUGGAGAUCAUCCUUCAUCUGCCUCUGCUAUGCGAGGACAAGAACGUCCCAUACGUGUUUGUGCGCUCCAAGCAGGCCUUGGGUCGAGCGUGCGGGGUCUCCAGGCCUGUCAUUGCCACAUCUGUCACUAUUAAGGAAGGUUCUCAGCUCAAGCCCCAGAUUCAGUCUGUGCAGAUGGCCAUUGAGAGACUUCUCGUCUGAGAUAUCAUUGACACAUGCUUGUUUUUAAGUUGUAAAGUACAACUUUACAGUUUGAACUAUGAAUAUAUUUCUCUAUAUGGUGAACUUAAGCGUUCUGAAGAUUUAAAGUGUUUAGUUCUUACUCAUUCUGCUGUUGUUGAGCAUGUGUGUAUUUAACAAACAGCAAGACGAUUUUUUUGUAUGUUUUUUUUUAAACCAAAGGUUAAUAUCAUUUAUUCUGUAUCAUUAACACACUUGCAAUUAAAGAGAUAUUCAAUAUGCAUUAGUAACUAAAUUUGUUGACUUAAAUAAUAUUUACCUUUAAAGGGAUAGCUCACCCAAAAAUGAAAAUUAAGUCAUUAUAUACCCAGCCUAUUGUCAUUUCAAACCUUAAUGACUUUCUUAUGCAGAACACAGAAAAUAUUUUGAAGAAUGUUGAUAACCGAACAGCAUGUGCUGCCAUUGACUUCUACUGUAUGGACACAAAACCAAUGCAAGUGAAUGGCUUCCAUCGCUUUUCGAUCGACAUCCUUCAAAAUAUCUUCUUUUUUGUUCUACGGAAGAAAGACACAUACGCUCUUGUCAUUUCAAACCUGUGAGUAAAUAUUGACAGAAUGUAAAUUUUUGGUUGAUCUAUUACUUUAAGAUGCAUAUUUUACUUUCAGAUUUGGUAUGUUUAUACCAUUGAGUAUGGUAUAAACACGGCAUAGUAUGUGAUUUUGUGUGUAUGAUGUAUGCCAAACUAGAGUAAACAACAGAACGAUUUAUUUUUCAAAGGUAUAGUUACCUCAAAAAUAUACUUUUAUUCAAACGUGUAUGUACAUUUCUUCUGUGAAACUUAAAAAGAUUCUUAGUGUGGUUUUGUAUUCCUACAAAAGGGAGUUAAUGGUGUUUCAAAAUAGCAUUUUUGUGUUUUGCCAAGUAUGUCAUACAGGUUUGAAAGAAGUAUGAGUGAAUAAAUUAAAGAUUUUACUUUU